AUGGAGUUUGAUGAUGAUGUUUUUUUAACAAAACCGGGACUUCAUUUUGCACUACAUGGAUCAUUAAUAUGUUGUUAUAUUUCAGUAUCAGCUGAAGAGAUAGCCACUGCACCAAAUUACUAUGUAGUAUUUGAGGAGUCUGUCUAUUUUGAAAUUACUUGGCCUGAGUCUUUGAUGUAUACUUUCAAACUUAAACAAGCCAAAGAUUUUGGAACAGUGUUUGAUAAACUUCAUGAAGAUGUAGAGUUAAUAUUAGCUGAUCCAGAAGAUGCUUGUCAAGAUCUUUUAAAUGAGAUCCAUGGUGCAGUGGUCCUGAUACGUCGUGGCGAAUGUUCAUUCCUAGCUAAAAGCAAGACGGCAGAAAAAGCUGGAGCUUUAGCAGCCAUUAUAUUUGACAAUGACGAGAACAAUGACAACAGUAUGAUUGAAAUGAUAGAUGAUGAAACGCAUCGAAUUGUUCACAUUCCAGCGUAUUUUCUUCUAGGGAAAGAUGGAGCAAUGAUCAGACGACAGCUUUAUAUGCUACAAACUGAUAGGGCGCUUAUCAAUAUACCUAUCAAUUUAACAGGGAAACCACACACAGCUGCCAGAAGACCUCCGUGGACUAUUUGGUGAUGAGUCUUUCAUUUAUAAAUUGAUCUCUACUGUUAAUAAAAAAAAAUAUGCUAUAUCGUUUGAUCUUAAUAAUUAGAAUAGGUCUAUUGCAUUGAAAAUAACUUAUUUUGGUCUUUGAGUUGUUUUACCUUACCAGUAAUAGAGAAAAAAAAAAGUAUUGUUUCCAUAUUAUACAUUUGUUUGCUCAAUAUAUAAUGAUUUGUUUUAUUAGGUUAGGAUGUUCCUUCAGAAAUGAAGAUUAUUAUGUCCUAGCUCAAACCUUCUGUAGAACAGCAGGGGAGGAUGGUGGGUAGGUUUCACAUUUGGAACUACAGUCUGAAAUUCAUACCACAUGACCUAUAAAGCCAGAUGUGCAGUUUUAGACCAGUCAUGCUCAGAUGUUCCUGACAAGUAUUUCACUCAACAAAUGAUUUACCGGUAACUGUUCCAGUUCAUUGUUUGAAAAAAUAAAAGGGCAUCUAUGGUAAAUGGUGCUCUGAAUCAAUUAAGGAUAGGAGUAUUAAAUACAUUAUUGUAUGCAUCGCUUGUUGAAGUGAUUAGUGAUAGUGAGAGAUAUUGGUCAUACCUUUUUAGUAUGUCAAACUAGUUUGCAUUGGAUAGCAUAGUGACCACUGAAAACAUUUCUUAAGUUACUUUCUCUAUUUUUAUACCAAUACUUUUUAUAUAUGUGAUCUUUGGAUUACAAACAUGACAAGAUAGAACUUGGCUUGCCUUGCCAUAUGGAGAAUUCUUCUGUUAUCAUAUUAUCCUAGGAACAAAUCCUACUAGCUCAGUGUUCCUGGUUCAGGAGUUUUGCAGUGUUAUGUUGUUAUUGCCAAGUUCAACAAAACUGCCAACUUUUAUCCUGAGGACUGUGCAGAGUAAGUCACAAUAAAAAAGGAACUGAACUGAUAUGUGAUGUAUGAACUGAACUUGGCUUGCAAAAACCCUCAGGAGAUUAAAGAUGUCCUGGUAGUGAUGGGAACACCAGAAAUAUAUUAAUUACUGGCAAAUAACUAAACCACCGAAAGGUAAACUACCAAAAGGAAUUUUUAUGCCAUAGAAAAUUUGUAUUUACUGCAAAUGGAAGAUUUGAUAAGUAGAUAAUGAGGCUUUAAUUUUGAGAGUCAUGCUUGAUAGAUAGAGAAUAAAUAAAAUAGAUACAGAAAUGUAAUGCAGUAAGUUAACAGAUAGCUUUUUUUCUGAGGUUUGCACAAUUAGCAGACACAUUAACUUCACAAUAAAUCAACACUUUGUGUGUUAGAACUUAGCUCCUAAUGCUUUUGUUCAUGACUAGACAAGAAAAUUUGAGAAUUAGAAAAUAGUAAUAAUAAUAAUAAGGCUUGUCUUUGAAAUGCAAUAUUUCUUGUGGCUACAAUUAGAAAAUAACCAAUUGCAAAAUAGCAAAGUGAGAUAUAGGUCAACCAGAUCAGAUAACUACCUAUCACUUCAGGAAAAUGGUCACUAGCUGAAGGUCUCAGGCUUCACUUCCAGUUUUAAACCAUUGGCUACAAUUUCUGUUGAUGCUUGCUUGUAGAAGCUGAAAGAUAAAAGUACUAUUCUCAGAACAUACACUAGUAUCUUUGUACAAAUCAUUGACUUUCAGCUCAAGCAUCCAUUUUCAAAAUGUACUAUCUGUGUGUUAAUAUUUUAUCAACAUUGCUCUGGGACAAACCAUUUGUUAUAAGAAACCAUUUUUAAGUAUUUAGCUAUUUUAUUCUUUUUUAGAAAAUAAUUUAAUGCAAUAUUUAAAGAACUAAAUCUAUAUGCUAUUCAGUCCAUUCAACUUGUAGAUUUUCUGGAAUACCAAUGAGGUUUCCCAAAAUUAUUUUGGUCUUUCUAAAGCUGAUUGUCUUCUGGUUUAAUCCCCUGCAUAGGAUUUUAUAAUCUUCUUUUGAAAAGGAACAUCUGUAAUAUUUAAGAUAUGAGUGCAGUUCUUGGUGAAUCUGUAGAUUAAGCAAUUCAGUAUAUGAUAUUAUAACACAUUCUCUUGCUUUUAUCAACCUGGUAUUGUGCUCUGUAGUAGUGAAAUUGAAAGGCAUGGCAUAACUUUCUCAGACCACUGUGUGUAGUCGCUGAAUGAACUUUCUAUGUUGUGUAUGUUCUAUUUAUGUGUAUGUUUCUGUUGUGUUGUCUUUAUAUGAGAAAAGAGUCCUUGUAAUCACAACAAAUUUCCUAAAGGAUCAAUGUCUUAGUCUCUCAGUGAAUCUGUAGUUAAGUCAAACCUGUUCUUCGUAUCCUUCCAUUAUUCUUCCUUGCCUUCUUCCUUGAGGUAUUACUUGUGCAAUGUAAAUGUGCAAAGAGAUAUUGUUGUUGUUGUUUUGUCUUUGACAUAAUGUUAGCGCAUACAAAAUAAAGCAUAUUGUAUCUCUUAGCUUCUUUCAUUCAUCUUACCUCUUACUUUGUUAACUGUUAAAGAAAAGGAAUGAAAUGUUUAUUCAUUGAAAUAAUUUUUUUGUUAAUGUUCCAGUAUUAUGUUCUAGGUUUAUCCAUAUGUUACUGCAGUUUUCCUUUGGAGACUUAGCUGUCUGUGGAGUAAAUGCAAAACUUUGCUGGGUUUUUUUUAAAAUAAGGAUCACAGCCAAUGCCUCAACCAACUUAAUGUCCUCAUAAAAGGUUGGUGUACUCAGGGAUGCCCUUAAAUUCCUUAGCCUUUACUAGGAAUUAUAGUUGGGACUCCAAAUUUAGAAACCUAUAUGCUACCACAUCAUGUUAACUCUAUCUCUCCAUAAUUAUUUUCCAUGUUCAGAAGGAAGUAUUCCUUUUUCUCAUUUGUAUUUCACUAGCAUGUUAGGGUUAAACUUCAAUAAUGGUUCUCUUUUAAUCUGAAAAUGUUUUAAUUGGAAUAGAUGGGUUUUUUUUUAAUGUAUAAAACGAAUUAAAUUUUACAAACCCCCAAAUUAAGUUAAUUUAAUGGGAUCAAAUCAGCGAUGGCAUCGCUGUUUGGGAGAGAAAGAGUUAAUCUAGUCAUUUAUUUCAAUUAAUAUUUUUAGAGUUAAGAUUUUGUUUUGUAAACCUCAUUUCUAUAGAGAAAAUGGAUUAUUGGAUAAUAUAGCUACUGGUUUUUAUAUGUCUUAUACUUAAAUUUACAAAUAGUUUUACAUUUUCACAGCUUGCUGUUUCAAAACCUUGUAAGCGAAACAUUGGCUUGAAAUUUAUUUUGUCUGCACACCCAAAAUAAUUUUUUUUUUGGACAAACGCUGCAAAACAAUAUUUUUAUGUUUUUACUAUUUCUGGUACUUUGUUUCAGAGGUGACUAGUAAUUAGCUGUUUUGAUUCUCAACUCUUUUUUUUUAAAGCUACAUUUGUAUCAGUUAUGUUGAUUGUUCAUGUUCUGUGAUCCUAAUCAGAUACAAACUUUUGAUAACCUCUGAAGCCCAUUUUUCAUACGAGGUUACUGGUAUCUGUUUAUUAUAUCCUUGCAAAUGUAUUUUCUAAUACUGUUAUCCACAGGUAUGGAAAAUAAUAUUGUGAGCUUUUUUCUUCUAUCUACGAUUUGAAAUGAAAUGAGCUAGGCAGCUCAUUUUAAACAAAUUAUAAAAUUGAUAGUGUGUGUGCAUUUGACUCUUGAUAGUUGGAGACUUCAUAAUUCAACACUCAUGACUUGGUUAUGUAUUACUAUAAACUGUAGUACAUCUACUUUUAGAAUGUAGCUAGGCUUAAAUUGUUAUUUAUUUACAUUUAGUAUGGCAGCAGUAUGUAAAAGCUGAAAUCAUGGUUUGUAUUUUUUCAGAACAAUACAUUUUUCUUGUACAUCUAUUGUUUAUUUUAUACCCUUGAAAGUGUCUAAGAAAAUAUUUAAUUACCUUAUAAAUAGAAUUUACUUUGAAGUACAGUGAACCUAAGUAAUUUGAUGUUUUCUGUAAUCUGACCCUUUCCUCAUGUUCCAUAAAUUGAAUCAACUGUCCUCUCAAUGCUAUAAAUGUAUGCACACUUUUUAAUUUAUUUUUGAGCUAGUCUUUAUUGCGGGUGCAAUAGAAUUAUUCAUUUGAAGCCUAGCUCAACUUGAAAUCCACAUUCUGCAGUCCCAUUUCCAGAAUUUGAUGAUAAUUUAUUGUUACAUAGAAGAUUUUAUCCAUUUGUUUAGAUUUGUAUUUCUAUGUCUAUUUGUUCAGCCUAUCAAUGAUAAUGAUUUUGUUAUGUACAGUCUUUCAGCAAAUAAUCUGAAUGUUUCAAGCAAGUUCAUGAACUCUAAUGUUUCAAAUGUGAUAAUUAAAUUGCUGUCUUACUAUCUUAUGGAUGGUGUCUACAUUUUUCAGCUCAUCACUUUUAAAAAAACUAUAUCUACAUUGUGACUAAAUUGUGACUACAUUGUGACUAAAUUGUGACUACAUUGUGACUACAUUGUGACUACACUGUGACUACACUGUGACUACAUUGUGACUAAAUUGUGACUACAUUGUGACUAAAUUGUGACUACAUUGUGACUACAUUGUGACUAAAUUGUGACUACAUUGUGACUACAUUGUGACUACAUUGUGACUACAUUGUGACUAAAUUGUGACUACAUUGUGACUACAUUGUGACUACAUUGUGACUAAAUUGUGACUACAUUGUGACUACAUUGUGACUACAUUGUGACUACAUUGUGACUAAAUUGUGACUACAUUGUGACUACAUUGUGACUAAAUUGUGACUACAUUGUGACUACAUUGUGACUACAUUGUGCCCCUUACAGUUUCAAAAGAUGUUGCACUACUAAAUAUUUGUUGACUUCAAUGGCUGACUUGCUUUGGUGUUUUAUUUAUUUUGUUUCUUUCUCUCGAGCUUCCUAACGUUCCCUGCUGAUCAUUGCUGAUCUUAUAAAGAGUCUAAACCAUUUAUAGUCUUCGACCUUAUUUUGGUGGCCUUUUACUUACACACAAUGAUAACAGAUGUUUUGACGUACUAAAAGUCUCAUCAGUAGAGGAGCAGUGUUGUAGCUUUAAGUUAUAUCCACUCAUAAAUUGAUUGGCUAAUUUGUUGAUUUUUUAAAAACAUUUUCCUUAAUUAAGGUGUAAGUUAGAAACAGUCCAACACAUCUAAGUUUAAUGUUACAAAAUCAAAGGCUUCAUUUUUGACAUUGUUAAAUAAAAAGAAACUAAUUGAAAUCCAUGUGUGAUUGUUUUGAUCUGCUUCUCCUGUAAAGGAAUUCAAAAUGAAAUUAGUUUUUAAAAAAAAUA